GGCAACUUUAGCAUCAACCCAGUCAGUAAAGUUAGGUUAAUUUUGUUGUGCAGCUACAAUAAGAAUGCCUCCGAAGAAGGGUGCAGCAAAACCGGCGAAGGGGGCCAAAGGCGGUGAUGACUCUGAGAAAGGUGGUAAGGAGAAAAAAGGUGGGACUGCGGUUAAGGUGAGACACAUUCUAUGCGAAAAACAGUCAAAAUGUUUGGAAGCAUUAGAGAAGCUGAAGGCAGGUCAGAAGUUUCCUGAGGUGGCUGCAGCUUACAGUGAGGAUAAGGCCAGAUCUGGUGGUGAUCUGGGUUGGAUGACCCGUGGUUCUAUGGUGGGUCCUUUCCAGGAUGCAGCUUUUGCCCUACCCAACUCUACUGUUAACAGUCCAGUCUACACAGAUCCCCCAAUUAAAACCAAGUUUGGUUACCACAUUAUAAUGGUGGAAGGAAAGAAAUAAAUAUAUUGUUUUGUAUGUUUUUAUUUACUA